AUGGUUUCAAGCUGCCUCUCGACUUUGCUCAAAAACGCUGACAUUCAUCGUUUGGAGUUCGCUGCCGUGCCUCUAUCAGACGAUAUUCUGUCGGCAAUCUUGGCAUGUCUGUUGCAUACGGGAUGUCGAGUAUACAAACUGUGGAUGAUAGAAACGUCGAUGGCUACCGUGUCGUCUUCUAUACUUCUUCGAUUCCUUCGCGAAGCCGCUUGUACCGGAAUCUGGUUAAGUUGUAUCAGAGAUUGCACUCCACAUAGCUUCAGCCCGGAAGUUCUCCAAUUCAUUGUAACGAGACAACUCCUUGUUGUGAAUCGUUUUCAUGAUAGCUUUAUCCCGAUAUACGAUGAUAUGCUUGCUAAGCUCACUGCUACUCAUUUCCUUAUCGGUGCUCCGAACAUGAUCACCAUGAAUGGUCUGAAGUCAUUCGUCGAGCGCCUGGUAAGCGGGAAGCAAAAAGUUAUCCGUGGAAAAAUCUUUACCAACUUCCUCCUUAAAGGAGUAUCGUUUCCGAAAGUUUCGAAUAGCAACUUGGAACGCCUGGUAAGCGGGAAGCAAAAAGUUAUCCGUGGAAAAAUCUUUACCAACUUCCUCCUUAAAGGAGUAUCGUUUCCGAAAGUUUCGAAUAGCAACUUGGAAGUAAUGGUGGAAGAAAAUUACAUUGAGUUUCUUAACAAAGAAGAAGCACCAGACAGACCAUUCCAGUUGAGUCCGCUUGACUUGUCCAAGAGAAACCCGAUGGUUGCCGAACAUCUCUUGUUCUUUGUCAAUGAUCCCAUGUUCCCAUGCGGAUUUCGUUAG